AUGCGAUGUUUUAAUUUCCUUCACUUGAAAUUAAGUGAUUCUUAUGAGGAGGAUAUUGUUGAGAUUGGGAGUGAGUCUGAUGAAUCUACUGACUAUGAUACUGAAGAUGAAUCCAAGGAUGACUUCAUUGAUGAUGAUCUUGAAAUGUACCCACCUUCCCCUGUACCCAACAGUGGAGUAAAAAUUGAGGAGAUAUUUGAUGAUGAGAAACCUACCAAUGAGAAUGGUAAGCGAUCAAAGAAGAGGAACAAUCGGUUGAGUGGGUCUGAGGACAAUAAUGACUCUCAACGGCAAAUUGUUGUCAAGUGUGGUACUGCUGUCCCAGUCUUGGAGAGUGAAGAUGAAGAUGGUUUUCCAAUUUCGUCCCCUCGUAUGAGCACAGACACUGCUUUGAAUGCCAAAGCAAAUGCAGAAGAAAUUGAAAAUAAGAGAACAGGUGAGGAAGUCGUGAAAAAGAAGGAAAAAGAUGCUCCUCAUCGUACUAAAAACUUAAAAAGAAAGAUUGAUGCUGUUGGCCAGGAUGAUGAAAAAGCAAGGUGA